AUGGAAGAUGCUUUGUUGCCAGGUCCUUGGGGAAAGAUACCCAGAACGUAUAAAGUAGACAAAGAACGGCAUACCGAAAGCUAUAUUACUGCAGUUCGUGGAAAUAACCCUAAGGACGAAAAAAGGAACCCUAUGAAUGAAAUAAAAGAUGGCUUCCAAAUGCGUCCUUCUGCUCCUCUUCUUGAAGAUGAACCUGCAACAUUGGCGAAACUGAGAGAGAAAUUUAGAUACACAAUUGCAGAAAUGGAGCGUUAUCGAAACGACCCUUUUUGGAAAACUUUGAGAUGGUUGUUAUUCAUCUUGUUUUGGCUAUUAUGGAUUUUGAUGUUCCUGGUUGCCGUUCUUAUUGUCAUACUUACCCCAAGCUGUGCUCCCACAGCUGCGCUAAAUUGGUGGGAGAGUGCCAAUAUUUAUCAGAUUUGGACACCUUCAUUCCAAGAUUCGAAUGGAAGUGGUAUUGGUGAUUUUAUUGGUCUUACCAAUCGUCUUGCAAAUUUGCGGCGUUUGGGUGUCCAAGUUAUAUGGCUCAAUCCCUUUCUACAUUCUGACAAUUUCAAUGAUGCAGUUCGAGAUCACUUUAUGGUUGAUCCAAAAUUGGGUAUAAAUGAUGAUGCUUACAAGCUGAUCGAUGCCGUUCACAGUCAAGAAAUGAAAAUUGUGGUAAGCUUACCAAUAAGCACAACGUCGAAAAAUCACGACUGGUACCGUCGAAGUUCGCAAGCAAGUUUGAAAGAACAUGCUAAUUAUUCGGAUUAUUAUCACUGGCGGGAAGCUGUUGAAGACAGUCCUUUCAUGUCGAAAUACAAAGACUUCUCCUACAUGCAUUACAAAAAUCGACCUGACUGGCCCAUUUUAAAUUGGCAAAGUGGUACUGUUCAGGAAAAUAUGUUUAAAAUAAUGUCUUAUUGGAUAGACAAAGGUAUUGAUGGAUUCUACCUCAGUGGGAUCGAAUAUCUGGCCCGCAUGAAAUAUGGAUCUGUAGCGGACUGGGCACGUAUCAUGGAUAUUCUUCGCGAUAUUAGGAAUCAUGUGGACAAUUACGUAGAAGAAACCCCAGUGACUAGAACCAAGCAAAUUGUAUUAUUCGCUACGCGUGAUAACACGAGGGAAAAUGAGAAGAAGGAAUUGGUUCUGAAUGGAUUGAAUUUAGUCAUCAAUUACGAAUUGGGUAGCAUUGGGAAAGAUAAUCAGAUCUGUCAUCUUACCGAGGGUAAUGUCGCUGGAUGCAUUCAUGAAGUACUUACUGAACUGAUAUCCUUUCACGAAGCAAACAAUAUCUCUGCAAUGUGGGAGUUUGGUAAUCCAGAACUCUCAAGGAUAGCUUCUCGUGUAAAAUCGCCGCAACAAGCUGAGAUGUUAAGUAUGUUGCAACUACUUUUACCUGGCACUAUCAGUAUUUACUACGGUGAUGAGAUUGGUAUGAUGGAUUUACCAACUAAAGAAUUAAUACCGGCCCAAAGAGGUGCUAUGCAAUGGGAUGAUUCUUCCAAUGCUGGAUUUUCAAGUGCUAAUCCAUCAAGCAUCCCAGUUCAUCCUGAAUUUGCAGAUAAUAAUUGGGCUAAGCAAUAUAAUUCUCAGCGCUCACAUCUGAAGACCUUCCAAAAUAUGGCUCGACUUAGAAAAAGAGAUAAGACGCUUCGUUUUGGACGCACCAUUAUUGGACCACUGAUGAAUAGUUCCUUCACGAUUAUCAGAUACAUUAAGGACGAGAACACUCCUACUGCAAACACUUAUUUGGGGGCGUUUAAUUUUGGUAUAGCUGACGCAGCACUGCCAAUCCAGGAAUCAAAUGUUGUGGAAAAUAAGAAAUUGCAUCAGGCAAUGGUAAUUGCAUUUACCAGCAAUGCAAAGCAGUACCACUAUCGUCAGAUGAUCGAUCUCAGCAGUGGUACCAUCACAAUACCACCUGAACAGGGUGUUGUAUUUAAGUUCAAUUUUUGA